AACGAUAAACUUUUCAGAUCAGUAUCUUCAGCUGUUAUCAAACGGACCCAACUCGACCAAAAUUUCCUAGGCUCAUAACAUAAACAACCAGUUGGGAUGGGCUCCCCACAGGCACUCGUCGUCAUGACAACUCUCACUGUUCAUCAUUGUAAAAAAUAAAUAUGUAAAGGCAUCUCUCUCUCUCAAUUGUAUUGUAUGCCACAAGAUUUUGCAAAAACCACAACCACUGAUCACUUAUCGCUACCUAAUAAUUAAGAUCCCGUUUCCAAUGUAUGAUUUCAUAAAUAAGAAAGCCCCAAUGCUCACGAUUCAUCCGCUCCCCAAGCCAUGGUAUCUGUCUUCUCCUUGGCAACUUCAAAACCACUCUUCUCCUCCGCUAAUAGCAGCAGCAUCCGCUUUCUCUAGGCGGACGGGAGUUGUUGUAAUAACAUCCUUGUCGGAUACCCACCAUGAAAGCAAGCAAAUCAAAGCAUCCUCAGGAGGCAAAAUCAAACGCCUUGUUCUCACACAAGAAGGUAGAACCAAGCUCAACACUUACCCUGAUAGAGAAUUUUACUCCUACCCGCGUUUCGUCACCCAUGUCGAUGAUGGUUUUAUAUCCACCUUAACUGAACUCUAUAGGCAACGGCUGAAGCCUGGUUCACACAUACUUGACCUUAUGAGCUCUUGGGUUAGCCAUCUCCCAAAAGAGGUUGAGUACAAGAGGGUGGUGGGACAUGGGCUAAAUGCGCAAGAGCUCUCCAAGAACCCAAGAUUUGAUUAUUUUUUUGUGAAGGACCUCAAUCAGGAUCAAGAGCUUGCAAUUGAGAGUUGUAGUUUGGAUGCGGUCUUGUGCACAGUUAGUGUGCAGUAUCUCCAACAGCCUGAGAAGGUAUUUGCUGAGGUUGUUAGGGUGCUGAAGCCUGGAGGAGUGUUUAUUGUGAGCUUCAGCAAUCGGAUGUUCUAUGAAAAAGCCGUUAGCGCAUGGAGAGAUGGGACCGCAUAUAGUCGGGUUCAAUUGGUGGUCCAAUACUUCCAAAGCGUGGAAGGGUUCACAGAGCCAGAAAUCAUUCGAAAGUUAAUAAGCAGUGACAGUGGUGCUACUCAAGCAAACGAUUCUCCCUUCGAUUGGAUCAUGAAGUUGCUUGGGCUUUUGUCUGGAGCAGACCCUUUCUAUGCAGUAAUAGCUUACAGAAACUUCAAACCAGUAUGUGAUUGAGUAACCUGAUUCAGAUGAGGGAAGGAAGAGGACAACACUAUACUGCUUCUAUAAAAUAAUUGUUCUAUUAUUUUUCCUAUAUUUAUCUUUUAUUGCUUUUACAAUCCAUGUAUGGAGAGAAUAGCUAAGUCUUCCGUGUUCUAGAUAUAUAGCUUACAAACAAACCUAGCAAUAAAAUGAGCUACACCAUUACCACGUUAA